AUGCGUGUAUGCAGCCAAGCACGCAAUCGAGAGCUUGCGGCAUGUCUCACCCUAGGGGAUAAUCAACAAUGGGCGAUGGCCUGUCUCCCCAGUAUUUGGCAGACUACUACUACGACUUCGUACAAGUACGGAUGUGGCGACAGCCGCUGA